CUCUUCUUCUUCACUAACUCUGCACUGAAUCCACUGAUCUCUCCGCCAUCACCACUAAUUUCUUAUAUCUCACCCUUUUAAACGCAAUGUCUCUACUGCACCUCCAAGUCUCCUCCUCCUCCGCCGUCCGAUCGCCGCCUUCUCUUCCGUAUAAGUACCACACCACCGUUACCAAUGCCAGCUCCACCCACUCUUCCUUCCCCUCGUCAUCAAAGAGCUCCAAAAGCUCCUCGUUGGCAGUAGCCUCCUCAUCGACGAAGCAUCAACUCAAAAAUGGUUCGAGUUUUAGAGUAAGGUCGAGCUUGGAUACUGUAGAGCCCACUGUGGGCCAGGUCACCGAGGUUGACAAGGACACCUUCUGGCCCAUCGUUAAAGGCGCCGGCGACAAGACGGUUGUUCUCGAUAUGUACACCCAGUGGUGUGGUCCAUGCAAAGUCAUGGCUCCAAAAUAUCAAGAGUUGUCUGAAAAAUACUCUGAUGUUGUCUUUCUAAAGCUCGAUUGCAACCAAGAGAACAAGCAGCCACUGGCGAAAGAGCUUGGAAUAAGGGUUGUUCCAACCUUCAAGAUUUUGAAAGACAAUAAGGUUGUAAAGGAGGUGACUGGUGCCAAAUUUGAUGAUUUAGUUGUUGCCAUUGAAAAUGUUAGAUCAAGCUGAAAAAUUCGUCUUUCUACUUGUUUUCCCUGUAAACUAUUAACACUAUAAUGAACAAUAUGUGGACUUGAUGUAUGUAUUUAGCUCAAGUUGAAAUACUGGAAAGAAAAUUUGCUUAUGUACGUAUUCAUACAGCCGACAAGAUACGGUAAUGCUGAAAGUUUAUUUAUUUAUUUCUUU